AUGGGUUCUCUCCCCUCCCCAUCACGCCCGACAACACCACCGCCUUCACCAGAACAAAACUAUUCCGGCCAUCAAGUCUAUGCCUCAUUUUGCCUAAAGGAGUCAUGGCCAAGAUCAAACAUUUCUAAUUGGAUAGAGUGCUAUACUCCGUCUAACAACACAUGGACUCACAUUAGCUACAUACCUUACAUUACUGAGAAUCAUAUUUUGAAGGGCUUUUCGAUGGUUUCACUAGGUGACUCGAUUUAUGUAAUUGGUGGUCGUUUGUGCCACAAGGAGAGAGCUUCGGGUAAAUGCAAUGAAUUUGUAGAUGUUGAUGAUGAGGUUUUAUCAUUAGUACUUCGUUACAAUGUUCAAUCAAAUGAAUGGUCUAAAUGUGCAACAUUAGUUGUACCACGUUAUGAUUUUGCUUGUGUUGUAUGUGACAACAAAAUUUAUGUAGCAGGAGGGAAGUCCAAUUUGUUUAGUGCUCGGGGAAUUUCAUCUGCAGAAGUUUAUGAUCCUACACUUGAUGAAUGGACUUCUUUGCCUAACAUGAAAACAUUGAGGUACAAAUGUGUUGGGGUGACAUGGCAGGGUAAAAUCUACGUGGUCGGGGGAUUUGCCGAGAGAGCUGACUCGGAUGGUCUGGUUUGGUUUACAGAACGUAGCUCAGCUGAGGUGUUUGACACGCAAGCAGGAAAAUGGGACUUUGUGGCGGGGAUGUGGCAAUUGGAUGUACCACCUAAUCAAAUUGUUGAGGUGGAUAAUAGGCUAUUUAGCUCCGGGGAUUGCUUGAAAGUAUGGAAAGGUCACAUUGAGGCUUAUGAUGGAAAUCUUAAUAUGUGGAAUGAAGUUGAUGGAUCUUGCCUUCAAACACUCAAUUCACCAAUUUUCACAACCCAUAGGGAAGAUUGGGGACCAAUCCAACGGCACUACUUAACCAUAGCACCAAUUGGGACUCAUUUAUACUUCCUUGCAGGCUAUCGGAUCGCUGGGGAGUAUUCACAAACAGUUUCAAUGGUGCAUAUUUUUGACACUACAGCCACAAGCGAUGCAUGGAGAAGCUUUGAGCCUAUGGUGGAAGAUGGAGAGAAAGAACUUUGCAGCCAUUGUUGUGUUGUUCAACUCUUAUAAACCACCAAAAUAUAGUGUUGUCUUAAGUCUUAACAUGUGUUCUUGAUUUUUACAAGUAUCAAUCACAGAUGUUUUGGUUGGAUGCUCGAAUAGAUUGCAUAAUCUAACAAUCCCUGGUAAUUUU